GUUACAAGGCAAUAGCACCCCGAGUCCACAUUCCGAUGCAGGACCACUAUCAAAGAUGCUGAGAUAGUUAUCAGGUCAUGCCCUCGUCGUCUGCCUACGCCAGACCCUCGGAACUGCGCGUCUUGUGCUCAAAACGGAUCCUCUCCAUGCAACGCGCUGUGAAUCGGUGGCCUGGUCCACUUCUCGGUGUGAUCAUGAACAACAGCGGAAUCUCGAGUCGCUCUGUCGUGGUGAGCCCAGGCUUGUACCAUCCUGCGAUGUGGAGCUCCGCUCGGGACGUUUUCGUCGCUGUGAGAAACGCCAGUGCCGUCGGCACGAUGGUCUGCAGGGCACGUCGCAUAGAAGGUUUGCGCCCAUAGACCGGCGGGUCAGUGCCUAGGAGGACGUGGAGGCUAGGAGGACGGAGGGAAAAGAAGUCUGAUGACGAUCUGCGGCACAGGAUUGAGGUCAAUAGUCGUUCUGUAGCUUGCACGACGGAAUCCGCCAGUGUCAAGCGUACGACCGUAUAGUCAAGACGACUCCUAAGGGGAUCUAUAUGCAACUUUCGGUCCUUCGCGUUCGUCAAGUGCGCAUACUAUAACAUGCGCAACCCAUAUAGGCACUGCCUUGAGGGUUUCUUGGGUCGUUCAAAUGCUAUUGGCUGUAGCCCCGGUAGUCGGACAAUGCCUCUUCGGCCUGGUGGCGCAUUUGAAGGAUGUAUAGACCGACGUAUCUACCGAGUCAGCAGUAGGCUAGAUGCCAGAGUAACCAAGCGUCAUGACGUGGGCUGGCCCGUGCAGCAGGUAUACGCGGGCAGCGAGAGUAGACCCCGAGCUGACUGUUCGCGAAUCUGGGGAAACGCAGGAGCGACUUGGCCCAGCAACGAUUCACUUGUGUUCGCACACCCCGCUUCGAAGGAUUGAAACGUGGUAGACAUACCGGACAAUGCCAUCACUGGGCCCAUCGACAACUCCGCGCUUCACCAUAUACUCCUAAAAGCAAUGCUGAGAUUUUCAGGCGGUUCUUCGCUCUCGACUAGGACCACAAAUGGAUGCGCCAGGAUAAGCCGUAGUCAGAGUGGCGUAGCUCGCAACAGCGCUGCUCUCUCCACAUAUUUGAUGACAAACUCCACAGUUUGGCCUACUCUGCUGUAUGCGCUUACAGCCCUCCGAUCGUAUAUGCUGCUGCUAUAGGGCACUGUGAGAGACGGUCGGGACCCCAGCAAGAGACCGCGCAAGCAGACGCGGCUCCCGCCCCGGUUGGCAAACAGGACCAA